UCCUUUGCAGCAUUUUCGCAUCGCUGCAAGCUUGUACUAGGUGAUACAGUUGACAGCGACGUUCGUUGUCGAAGCUCUCGUUCUUCUCAAGGUGGCCGUCCAUCACACAUCGCACUAGUUGGAGGUCAUCGUCCCGUUAUCGACUUUUAUUUGACAUCUCCCGAAAGGAAGCUAGAAAGGGGGAUGAGAGAUCUGCGUAUAUCUGCUUGUAUGAAUGAGACAGAGUGUCAUAUGGCACUCUCACAUCUCACAUUUCUAGGUUGUUAUUGUUCGUCCUUGGUGGAAGAGGACAUGGCUUCUUUGUCUAUCUUGUUGCUGGAGUGCUCUGCCCUUCAUCAAGCUAUUGAUUACCGUAGCUGUUGAUUAGCUAAACUUGGCUAUUGAUUAGGCAAGGAGCUGUUGAAUAGCUAAACUUGGCUAUUAUUGAAUUAAGGAAGGAUGUGGAAACAGUGUAGCCAGCUGUUGUGUUUAGAAAAGAACUUUUUUGAACCACCAGUAUCUUUUGCAGUCGACGUAGAGAAUUGAAAAUGUAACAUUCCGAAGACUUCCGAUGAACAGUGCUACCGCACCGAAGAGGCUGGCGGCACCAGCCAAAAGAGAAGGAAAAAAAAAACGCCGCUGUGGCGUUUCUGCAAAGCUUGAUGUGCAUGGGGAAAUCUGCAUCGGCACAAGAAAAGAACCUUGGAGGUAGUGGUGUCUAAAGGAAUCGUAUGAGAUGAGAGAAACUGUCAGUGUUUCUCUGCUAUGCCCACUUCUUAACCAAGUUCCUUUGGUAUGCCCACUUCUUGUGCAUGUGCCAGCUUGUGGGGUUUGACCUUUCCCUGGUAGCUUGUUGGGGUGUAGGUGGCAGUCGUUGUAUCCGUCGUGAUCGUAUCAGCCAGUGGAGGAGGCCCUGUCCUGUUUCUUAACUCCUACGUAUAUUUUCUUCUUUGGUUAGAGUGACCCACUCUGUAAGGCAAGUGUGGAGGAGAUCCAUGGGCUCGCUGCUGAUUCCAAUUCAUUGUGCGAGCUCUCUUCCGACUGUGGGUAGAUGUAUCUAUCAGUUUCAUAGGUAGGGGCAGAUUUUGAAAGCAUGAGGGAGACAGUGGGAGACGUCUCUUUAGUCAACUCGGCGAUGUCAUGCUGUGCCGGUCCUGACCCCGUUGAGCAUGGUUUUAGCGAGCUGUUUCGCCAUCUUGUAAUGCUAGAAGGCAAUAAUUAGGGCAAACAUAUGCAGGUGAUGUGCAUUUUCAUUGUACAUGUAUUGCCCGUAGAAAAAAAAAACGGUGAGAGCAGGGAAGCAAGGAAGCAAAGCAGAUGUUCCUAUGGCUGUGCAAACUAGCGGAGAUGGCUCUCUUGCAAUCGUGGAGCUCCUGAAAAGGGCAGACUAUCAAUGGAAGACAGUGCACUGGAAUGAAGUGCAGUGCCUCAGAUCCUUUUCUGGGAGGGACAGGCAUGCGUUCACAAAGACGGAGAAGCUCCCUCGCACCACUACUACCUUUCCCAGGCAAUGUUGGCCCUCCACAAUGUAGGAUAUUCCGAAGACUUCGGGUGAACAGUGCUCUUGGACCAAAAUGGCUGGUGGCGCCAGCCAAAAGUAAAAAAAAAAGGGCUCCUGUGGCCUUCCGGCAAAGCUUGGCGCGCCAGGGAAUCCACAUCCGGCCGGAUAAGAGACUCAGAUGUAGUGGUGCUUUCAUUGUCAGGCGUUCCCCCACUUCUCCAGCGGUUCUGCUCCACAUGCAGGGUAUCACUUCCCUGUUUCUUCCGGAAAGCGAAGACCCCCCCGAUCAGACAAGAGGGCGUGCCUCGUAGUUUUUGCUCUUUUGAGGGCCUAGUCGCACUAAUGCUUUCCCGGAUGCACCUGGCCGCAAUUAUGGCAAGACGUGAAUGUGUGUGAUCGGGAUUACGUCCGCAGCUCAGUCGACAAGGUCCUGGUGUGAGUAUGCCCUGAAAAGAAGGCAUCAUGGGAGCGAGAAGUGUCGAAAAGAGAUGUGGCCGCACUAUGUGAAGAGGCAAAGUCUGGUCAACAUAGGAGGAGAUGGAUGCGAAUGCAGAUAAGAGACGAGCGACCCCUCUCAGGCUUGUGAGGGUGUGCUGGCAGGGUCUGUUUAAACCACCAACCCUUGUCUUUGUUCACGUGUGGACACAUUGAGCAAUCUUAAGGGGUUCCCCGAUUGCUGUUUUGGUUGGGUUGUAACCGUUUGAAAAGAGCCUCCUGCGACCACGGCAGGAGAAAAGCAUCCCAUCACUCCCCUUCUCCUAACGGGCACUGGCGGCUUAGGAGAGAGGAUGAGAUUGGAUUGGAGCCACAAAGGCAACACUGUUUUGACUUCAGUGAAGUAUAUAGAGGGGUACUGUUGCCCCCCACCCCCCACUUUUUAAAAGUAUCGAGUAAUGGGGUUGCUCAACUCGAGUUCGUGGAACAUGAAAAGACCAACGUAUUUCUUCAAUAAGCACACACAAGGCUCUGUUUAACUUGAAGCUAUUGAGAAGGGCGCCCGAAUGAAGAGCAUCCUACAAU